AUGCUCUCUGCGAGGUCAUCAUCCACAGCUACCGACGGCGCAGGCCUUUCAAAUGCAGAGAAAGUUACGCUAUAUGUUAUUGCAGCGACGGCAGCUGUUCUGAUUGUCGUGGGUAUCACGAUAGCUGUACUUCGGGCACGCUGCCAGGAUGGACUAUGGGCUGCUCAUCAUUCGGGACAGCCGCGACAGCGCAGUAUGGCGAAAGCACUGCUCAAAACCCUUCCGCUGGUGCAAUAUGAUGAUGAGGUUGAUGAUUUGCCGAAUAUGGAAAAGUCAAGCUUUGAUGGUUCCACGAAGUCUUCGCAAGCCGGGGAUGAGACGAGUCGGUCCACAAGCGUAUCCGAGAGGACGACAUCGGUUGUCAAGACGGGGAAUUCGACGUGUGCGAUUUGUACGGAUGAGUUUGUGAAGAAUCAACUUGUGCGAGUCUUACCUUGUGGACAUUUGUUUCAUCGGGGUUGUGUCGAUGAAUGGCUGGUUCAGAGGUCGCGGACAUGCCCUACAUGUCGGUACGAGCUCACACCGUCUGGGAAAGAGCAGCCCAUCGAAAAAGCCAAGCAUUUGCGGGAUAUGGAAGUCGGCUUACCAGAUGAGGCUCGGCAUAUGCAACCGCACAGUCGACUGCAUCGAUAUCUGCGGAGUCUUCGCUCUACAUUGCGGAGGCAGUGA